AUGUACUUUGAAAAUAAAAAGAAAUCUGGUGGAGGGGCCAUCUUGUCCUGCGUCAGAGUGGGUCAGGAAAUGAUCAUCACCUUUGAGGAUGAGAAAGAUGCCCAAGAAGUUUUGCAAAGGAAGCAUCACUCGGUGAAGAAAAUUGAUCUGUUUGUGAAGCCCUGGCAAGUGGAGGACUCUCAAGGAUCCCUGCCUUCCAACGUAGUUGUGCUUGAAAAUGUGCAGGAGACAGUGAAAGACUGCAUGUUAAUUAUGCUGGUAGAGAACAUUAGUGGCUUGUCAGAGGAUGAUGGCGAUUUCAGUGUGGAAAUGAUACCUGAAAUAUGUGCUGCUGCUGUUACUUUUACAGGAAAUACUGAUGCAGGGGAAUUUGCUAAAAAGCUUAAUCAAAACCACAGAGCAAAGCAACAAAAUAUUACUGCACGGUGCCUUGAACCAACAAGAAGUGUUAGGGCUGAAAAUAUACCACCUAACACACCCAGUGACUAUAUAACCGUUUACUUUGAAAACAAGAAGAAUGGAGGUGCACAAGUGGUGGAUGUUCAGCAGCUGCCCAGUGAAGAUGCAGCUAUCAUUACAUUCAAUGACUAUAAAGAUGUAACCAGUAUCUUGGCAAAGCAGCAUUCACUCAACAAAACACCAAUCUAUGUCUAUCCUUACUAUGUCUCACUGGGAACAGCUCUGUAUGGAAAGGAAGGGCCACAAAUAAAGCAGCCAGAUCCAAUUACAGUGCCUCUGGAUCCAUAUAUCUGGCGAUACUUGCAGAUAAAUAAUAGGCUAACUGAGGCAAUAAGUUGUGAAAUGGCAAAAUGUAAUUGUGAGCUGACAUGGCCUGGACCCCAGUGUGCAGACCCAGAAGUUACCUUGCGUCCUUCAGUUGCUUUGUCCGAGCAGAAGAGAUUGGUGUCUCGGUUGAUCAAGACAUGGAAUGAAAAUGUUUCCACAGCGUUUGCACUUAGUUUGUCAAAUUACAAAGCAAUUCAAUGUCGAGUAAGUGCAGAGGUGUGGGAAGCCAUUAGAAACAGCUUUAUCCCCGAUGAAGUUCUGAUAAUCCGUGGUAUUUCCACGGAUUUACUUGUUCUAGUAGGUGAAAAGAAAGUUGUGGAGAAUGCUGAACCAGAACUGAGGUUUCUGAUAGAAAAGGCCAGCAGAGAAAUUGAAAGAGAAAAGCAAAGAACUGAAGAGGUGAUGGUAAUAGGUGCAGGGGAAUAUGCAAUUUUACAGAGUACUGGUCUUGAAGAAAAAAUUCACACAGAGUUCCCAGCCCUGCAGGUAUCUUACGAUCAUUUGCAGACGAUCAUUCAUCUGUGUGGAGUGCCUGAGGAAGUCUAUAAAGUAAAAGGGGAAAUACUAGAUAAUAUACGGAAAAUAACAAAGAAAACAGUUAGUGUCCACCCUUAUAUUUACCAGUUUUUAGAGCAUAUUGACAAUGAAACCCUGUCACAGAGCCUGUUUAUGUCAAAACAAAUUAAUGCCUUUUAUGAGCUUGACGCAGAAGCUAUCAUCUUGAAAGGGAGUGGUCCUGAAGAUCUCCUAAAAGCAGAAGAAGAAAUAAAGAAGGAACUGGGCUACAAAAGCAUUGCUUUGGAGGAUGAGUCAGUCCUCCAGAAGAAGGAAUGGUGCAUGCUCACCGAUCAAAACUGUUCUAAUGAAGCCGUAACGGUCACUCAGGCAGAGGGUCAGGUCAUCAUUGCUGGCUGUUCUCAAGCAGUAGCAAAAACCUUUGAGGAGCUCUCUAACUUUAUAGAUGAAAACACGCAAGUACAAAAGGUCAUAGAUGGAAAGCCCAAGGUGGUCAUACUCUUUUUUGAGAAAGAGAAGACCAAUGUUUGGGGUGACUUACAGAAUAAAGGUGUGAAAGUUGACUUUAGCACACAGAACAGAUGUAGAGUCAUAUCUUUGAGUGGGUCGAGAAGAGAAGUGCUGAAAGGAGCCGUCUUAGUUGAGCAGAUUCUGUCUGGCCUGCAUUAUAAGCGUGUGGUCAUCAGAGAGCCAGGAGCCAAGUCGUAUUUCAAAGAGCGAGAACCUUUUUUUGCCGCCAGCGCGAAACAAGAUUUUAAUUGCCUGGUCAGGCUGGAAGAGCAGUCGGAAGGACAGCAAGAACAGAGAAAUACACGCACACUCUAUAGGCCGGUGACCAUAGGUGGAACUGUAAUAACCAUUUAUGAAGGUGACUUGUGCGCUCAUCCUGUUGACGUUGUGGUAAAUGCAUCUAAUGAAAACUUAAAACACACCAGUGGCCUUGCUGAGGCACUAUUAAAAGCGGCUGGACCAGAGCUGCAACAGGAGUGUGACGAACUGGUGAGGAAGAACGGGAAAUUGCAGCCGGGGUGUGCAGUGAUCACCAGUGCUGGGAAACUCCCCUGCAAGAACAUCAUCCAUGCUGUUGGGCCCAGGUGGGCGAAGAAUGAAGCAGAAAAGUGUGUGUUCUUGUUAAAAAAGACGGUGAAGAAAAGUCUACAACUAGCCGAAACAUACAAUCAUCGUUCUAUAGCUCUGCCUGCUAUAAGUGGAGGGAUUUUUGGCUUCCCGCUGCAGACGUGUGCAGAUUCAAUUGUAUCCUCCAUCAAGGAGACCCUGGAGGAAUCCAUGGGACACAGCAGCUUGAAGGAGGUUCAUCUUGUGGAUAUUGCACAGAAUAACACUUUGGCUUUCAGCAAGGCACUGAGAAAAACAUUUUCGGGUUAUUCACCUUUUAGCAGUUCACCACUCCAGACGAGUACAGUUCAUCAGCCUAGGAAAAGCAUAAUUUCUCAAAAUAGCAAGAACUUCCCAUUGGUAACAACUGAGGAAGGCCUUUAUAUCAUGGUGGAAAAAGGAACUAUUGAAGAUGCCACAACAGACGUCGUUGUCAUCAGUGUCCCCAAAGAUCUCCAGCUUGAUAAAGGGCCACUCUCUAAAGCUUUACUAAGCAAAGCAGGGCCAAUGCUUCAGAUGGGCUUAAAAGAAGAAGGCCUAGGAAAAACACUCGAGGAAGGAUCUGUGUUGAAAACGAGAGGUUACAAUCUAGGUUGCAGAGUUGUGCUUCAUGCUGUCUUACCUGCAUGGUCCCAGAAACAAAUAUCUUCAAAGGUCUUGAAUGAUGUCAUCACAAAAUGCCUGCAGAUUGCUGAGGAACUGUCUUUAAAGUCAAUUACUUUCCCAGCGAUUGGGACGGGGAUUUUAGGAUUCCCAAGGUCUUUUGUUGCUAAAUUACUGUUUGACAAAGUGUUUGAAUUCAGUAGUACAAACAGAGUAAAUUCUCUUGAGGAAGUUCACUUUCUGUUGCAUCCAAAAGACACUGCUAAUAUUCAGGUGUUUUCAGAUGAACUUGAGAACAGAUGUGGAAAUACUGUAGAUGUUAAAGUACAGGAGACUUCUCUGAAUAAGGCUAGCCAAGGCACAGCUUUCUCUGGUACCUCUUCAGCCCCAGCACAGAACGCACAUGAAGUGACAAUCGGCUCCGUUGUGUUCCAAGUGGCGGAAGGCGAUAUUACCAAGGAACAGGGAGAUGUCAUUGUAAACAUAACAAACCAAACCUUCAGCCUCAAAAGAGGUGUCUCUAGAGCAAUUCUGAGUGGUGCUGGAAAAGCAGUGGAAGAUGAAUGUACUCAACUAGCCUCACAACGUAGCAAGAAUUAUAUCACCACCCAAGCAGGAAGCCUGCCAUGCAAAAAAAUAAUUCAUUUUAUUGCCCAAGAUGAUAUCAAGAUGCUAGUCUCCGAAGUGCUUCAGGAGUGUGAACUGCAGCAGUACACCUCUGUCACCUUCCCAGCAAUUGGAACAGGUGAGGCAGGUCGGGAUCCAGCUGUAGUAGCUGACAACAUCAUACAGGCAGUAACUGACUUUGCAAGAAAUAACUCUGCUCCAUCUGUGAAAACUGUUAAAGUUGUCAUCUUUCAGCCACAUCUGCUGAGUGUGUUCCUUACAAGCAUGCAGAAAAGAGAAAGUCGGGCUAAAACAGCAGCCAAAUCGUUGUUUUCCAAGUUAACAUCACUCUGGGGCUCUGAGAAACGUUCCCCAAAGGAAGAAAAAAAAGCAGUUUUGGAGAAGAAAAUCGAUAUGACUGUUUUGCAAAUUUGUGGUGAAAACAAAAAGAAAGUGGAAGAAGCUGAAUCAUGGUUGAAAAAUGCAAUUUUAAAGGAACAGAAUCAAGCAGAAAUCACAGACGAGUCUAUCUUGCAUUUCGGCGAUGUGGAAAUUGAGGAACUGCAUGACCUAGAAAUGAGAUUAAAAAUUGCUCUUUAUUUGGAUAAUAGCAGUAUUCGAAUUUCAGGUGUUGCAAAAGAUGUCUGGAUUGCUUAUGCAGCUGUUCAACAAAUGAUCCACAGGGUAAAAGCUGCUAAGCAGGAAGAGGUGAGGGCAGAACUUUUGCAAAACUUAGUUGAGUGGAAAUAUUUUGAAAAGGAUUCCUAUGUGCCCUUCGAUAGUCUCACAAAUAUGCACUUGGAAAGUGCUUUUGCGAGAAAGGAGAAAGAUACUUCAGUCACCAUUAAUGGGAAAAAAUACACAGUGAAUAUGGGCGCCAGAUACGCUGUGGAUAACCAAGGAAAACGUACAUCCAUUAGACGUGUUGAUAAAUCUGAAGAUCAAGAGUCAACAGUGCUCCCUGCAACGUGGGAAGAUAUGCAAAACCAGCGACUCAAAAUAGUGGAACUAAAACCAGAAACAGGAGAAUAUAGAGAUGUGCAGGAAAGGUUUCUGAAGACUUGUCCAUCAUUAAAAAUUGAAAAGAUUGAAAGGGUACAGAACCCGUAUUUUUGGAAGGCCUACCAAAUAAAAAAGCGUGAAAUGGAUAAUAAAAAUGGCAACAGAAAUAAUGAGAGGCUUCUGUUUCAUGGGACAAGUAAGGAGUCGUUAACCUUAAUUAACAACAGGGGAUUUAACCGGAGCUAUGCUGGAAUACACGCUGCAAACUUUGGAAAUGGAACGUACUUUGCCGUUAACGCAAAGUAUUCUGCCAGCGAUGUCUACUCUAAACCGGAUGCGAAUGGGAAGAAGUACAUGUACUUGGCUCGAGUCCUUGUUGGAGAAUAUUCUCAGGGGACAAAAGGAUCCAUUACUCCAGCAGCAAAAAACGCCAGUAACUCUGUCGAUUUGUUUGAUAGUUCAACUGAUGAUGUCAGCAAUCCAUCCAUGUUCAUCAUAUUCAAUGACAUUCAAGCUUACCCAGAAUACCUUAUCACUUUCACUAGAUAA